UAUCCCGAGACGCCAAUGAAAUGACAUUCGCGUCCUUGGGGGACAUUCUGACUGAAGAUUACGAGUGCGAGGACGUAACAGUAAUGCCCUACGAGUAUGAUGGCGUUGAAGGAGAUAAAGGCAGGGAGCGGCGCGUGCACAUGGUAGAGACCGAAGUGACGGUGGUGGUGAAGGACAUCAACGACAACGCCCCGGUCUUCCCCAACGCCACCAUGAUCGGCCACGUGCAAGAGAACGGCGCCGCGGGGGCGGCAGUGGUGGUGGUGUCGGCCUGGGACGCAGAUGACGCCACGGACGGCAGCAACGCGAGGCUCACCUACGCCAUCGAGAAGAACGUGGUGGACGAAGCUUCCGGCGCUGCCAUCUUCAGCAUGGAGUCCGACACCGGUCUGGUGAGAACGGCGCGCUGCUGCCUGGACAGGGAGACCACGCCCGAGUACCGCCUGCAGGUCGUGGCCGCUGACGGGGGAGGCCUCAAGGGCACGGGGACGGUGGUGGUGCGCGUGAUGGACGAGAACGACAACCCUCCCCGCCUUGCCCGCCGCCACUGGGAGCUAGAAGUGGACGAGACGCCUCCUGAGGGUCCGCCCACAACCACCCUGCUGGAGCUAACCGCGGCGGAUAGAGACGCACGCAAUGCCUUCCUGUACAGGGUAGUGCCAAGGAGCGGCCGCGGGUGGGAGAACUUCGGGAUGCGCUCUGUGGGUUCCGCGGGGCAACUCUUCGCCCGCAAAAAUCUGGAUUAUGAGUUGGAGAGUCACCGGCGAGGCUUCAGAUUUCAGGUGCAGGUGACGGACCAGGGUCCUGAAGGGUGGGAGGACCUCGCCCACGUGGACUCUGCCUGGGUCACUGUGCACCUGAGGGACGUGAAUGACAACCCGCCAGUGUUCUCCCGCCCACACGCCCACGUCACGGUGCGAGAGGAUGCCGUCCCCGGCACGCCACUGGCCGCCCUUCCCGCCCGGGAUCCUGACGCAAGCGGCCAGCAGGGAGUGGACUACCGGCUGGAGGGAGGCUGGGGGUCUCUCAUGGUGGACACGGAUGGCAGUGUCAGUCUAUGGCGACAACUGGACCGUGAGGCCCCGGACGGCGCCACGGGCAAGGCGCUGGUGGUGGCCGUGGACCACGGCGUGCCUCCCCUCUCCGCCACCGCCACACUCACCAUCACUGUUGCAGACGUCAACGACUGUCCGCCGCGUCUCCUGCCGCCUACUGUCCUGCACGUGAUGGAGGGCGGCCCGCCUACCCGCCUUGGCAUCCUCAAAGUGACGGAUCCCGAUGUGUGGGCACUCGGCCACGGCCCGCCAUUCACUCUCUCCCUAGCUCCCACAAAUCCCCCCCACGUCCUCUCCCUCAUCAAGCUGAAGUUUGACCCCCGUCUGGACAGUGGGCGGGGCGGGGCGGAGCUGUGGACGGCGGGCGCGUUGGAUCGAGAGCAGCACCGGGAGUUGAGUGUGGCGGUGCGGGUGUCUGACGCGCAGGGUUUGGCCGCCACUCACCGCCUCACCGUGCUGGUGGACGACCUCAACGACAAUCCCAUGAAGCCCGCCGCCAAGUCUGUCUACCUGUGGAAGACUCAGGGUGGUGGGUCGGAUGCUCCUCUGGGCAGAGUUUUCGUGAAGGAUCCGGACGACUGGGACCUCGAGGAUAAAGAGUUCGAGUGGGUGGGUCCUCCCCACCCGCUCUUCACCCUCCACCCGCGAGAUGGCACCAUCUUCGCCUCCAACCAGAUUAGGGAAGGCAGGUACGAUCUACAGUUCUCCGUCAGUGACCGGGCGUGGCGUCAGCGAGGCGUGGCUGCCAAUGUGACGGUAAUGGUGCGAGUACUAACCCCCGAAGCACUUGCUCACGCUGCGCCCAUCUCCCUCACACCCACCACGCCCACAGCUCUCACCCGCGGAUGGUCACCCUCGAGUGGCGGCGGCGGACUCGGCUCUCUGCUGAAGGAGGUGCAGGCAGUACUGAAUGAGCCUGGCAGCGGCGUGGAGGUGGUCAGUGUUUAUGGCGGAUGUGGGAACCCAGACUCUUCCGCCACGCCCAUCACUACGCCCACAUCCACACCAGCUACGCCCGUGCCUGCCCCAGUACCCGCCCCGUCCUCUCCCUCCACCUGCGUGUGGGUCAGUGUGAAGGAUAGCCACAACAGCUUCAUGAACCCCGUCAAGCUGCAGGGACUCCUCGCCCUCCACACCCGCCAGUUAGAGGCAGCGACAAAUCUGACGGUAGUGGUAGAUGACCCGACAGAGGUCGCCUCCCUGCCUCAACCUCACGAUCCCCAGGCCCCGAGCGGCGACAGUCUGGAGGAGGCUGACAGCUCUGCCACCUCGCUAGCCUCCACCAGCCUUCCUCUGCAGGUCGUGGACACAAACGCCACCGCCCUGGUCACGCCGCGCCUCACCCGCCCUCAUUCCUGCAAAGCCCACAUCCACGCCCUCAACCAGGAGAACUGUACGCCCACCUCCUGUCUCAACGGCGGCCGCUGCGUCAGGUCCCAGGAAGGUUACAGCAGGUGUGUGUGUCCUGGAGGCACAUCAACCCCCCAGUGCAAGGUGCUGAGUCGCACCUUCCUGGGCUCUGGGUGGGCGUGGCUGCACCCUUUGCCUCCCUGCCUCCCCGUUACCUUGUCACUCCACGUCCUCACUCGCCACCCUGACGCCCUUCUGCUCUAUGCUGGCCCUCUGGUGCCCACGCCCCGCCACGCCACGCCAGCACCCAUGCUUGCCCUGCAAUUAGUGGACGGAAAGCCUCAAGUGCUGGUGGAGGGUGAGGGUGGCCCCCUCAAGCUGCAGAUGAACACCUCCUUACACGACGGCCACUGGCAUAGCCUGCACCUGUCGCUGAGUCCUCAGGGUGUGGUGAUGAUGGUGGACCUGUGUGGACAGAAGUGGAAGGACGAAUAUCAGGACGAAGGCCACUGUCUGACCAGGGCACGUUGGAAAACUCCAAGACGCGGGAGUGCAUGGCUGGGCUCCACUCCCGCUCAGGUGGGUGGCCUGGCACAGACUCCACCCCUGGCGGAGGACCAUGGGUGGCAAGAGGCCCCCACCCAUCACCCCCUGACCGGUUGCCUAGCUCACUUUACCAUCAACUCUCAGGUGGUGGACCUGGGUGAGCCAGCCUACAGCCACGCCAGUGUGGGAGGCUGCCAGCCACAGGAAAUAGCCUGCUCGGGUAGUCCAGGGGGAUGUGGUCUGCGGGGCCAUUGUGUGGGGGGCCUGUCGCAUCCAGUGUGUGAGUGCGACCCUGGGUGGACAGGACCAGUCUGUGCCACGCCCACAGUGCCUGCCCGCCUGGGGAUGGCAUCUUACAUGAAGGUGGCGUUAUCAUUCACACCAGGCCAGCGUGUGGUGCGGGUGCAGCUUAGGGUGAGACUGCGGGGCACCCCAACCGGCUUGCUGCUGCAGCUCGCCGCUCACCAUCGUGCCUCAGCUUUCACCCUCCACUUGCAGGCGGGCGUGGCUUGUGCCUCCGUAUCGGGGGCAGGAUGGACAGUCCGCCGGGCAUGUGUGCAGCGACGUCCGCUCGGAGAUGGUGCCUGGCACACUGUCGCAGCUGAGCGUCAUGGCAACAAUCUGCUGGUGAGGGUGGACAACGGCGAUGGCUGGCACCUAAACGAGUCCCUGCCAUCACUCACAAUCCCAGGCGGGUUAGAGCCGCCGCCGCCCCUCGACGUGGACAAGCACGAUGGCGUGACGGUGGGCGGUCUGCCAGAAUUCAUGGGAGUGAACCUGGUGACUGUGCAUGAUGACCUGCAGGACACGUGUCUUGAUGACCUGCGAGUGUCAGGCCACCCACUACCACUGUCACCUGCUGUGAAUGGCACCACCUGGGGCCAAGUGACCACCUUAGAGCAGCUCACUCAGGGGUGUCGUCCCUCUGGGGAUCCGUGUGCCAAUACCAGCUGUUCUCCUCCCCUGUCCUGCCACCCAUCCUGGGACCAGCCCUCAUGCAGCUGUGGUCCUGGCAGGCAGCUGAUGGGUGGUGUCUGUGAGGAUGUGGACGAGUGCCUAUGGCAGCCUUGCCUUCAUGGCGGAUCCUGUCACAACCUACGGCCGGGCUUCCUGUGUGUGUGUGGUCCUGACCACCUGGGCGACCACUGCCAGUGGGCUAAACUAGCUCCCGAAGGUCAUCCGCUAACUGCUCCCGCAGCCAUAGCAGCAAUUGCUGUCUCCGUUCUCGUGUUAGCCGUGGUGGGCGUGGUGCUGUCUUUGAGGCUCCACCGGGUGCGACUGGCGCGAGGGCCACAGGGGACAGAGAGAGGCAGUGUGCAGAGCAUGAAGGAGACCACUGUGGGGGGAGGGCAAACUGCAGAGACUGUGGUGCCUGAUGAAGGAGACCACGACACCCUGCUGGAGCUGCUCAGGCUGAAGGUGUCACGGGACCUGCCGGACCACCGAGGCACUGCUGCGUCAGGAGCUGCGGGCGGGGAGCGGGAGAGCGGGGUGGACGUGGUGGCGGCCAGGCAGACUUCGGUCCCUGAGGUGUUUCUACCAGAGGAGGAUUUGAGAGCUUAUGCUUACGAGGGAAGCAGUUCACCGACUGGCUCCCUCACCUCCACCUUGUCAGAGUUGCGGGUGGAGCUGGCUGGAGGCGGUCCCACUGUGCCUCUCGUGCCGGCAUUCCUAGAGGCCACAGACUUGCUCUCCACGCUUCCCGAGGCAAAGCGCACCACUCCCACCCGGCCCAGUAUGGCCCGUGGCGAGACUACCACCACCACCACCGCCACCAUUCCCAGCCCUCAGAGACUUUCCGCAGUGGGGAAGAAGGAAAAAAUGAAGGAGCCUUGUGUUCCCUCUGCCUCUUCUCCAGCAGAUUGACCCUGACCCGCGCCCAAACUCCUCGCCCGGUCCGCCGCCCCGCAACAGGAGGCAGCAGCAGGCAGAUCCGCACCGCCCUCCGCCAGUCGUCAUCUCGGACCACCUUGACUCGGCAGAGAGUAUAUCUCUCCUUCCCCACCUCACAAGACGUGCUGGGGAGGCAGGAAGAAGUGGGAAGGAAAGUCACUGAAGAAGAGUUUUCGGGGAUCGCUCAGUCUUCUUCCUCCUUGAUGAGUAACGCGAGGAGCCCAGGCAGGGAGGGAGGACUGAGCCGGUAUCCGAACAACCUUGAGACGAGCAGGGAAGAACAGGCGGCGGCCGGACCUCGCGGAAGACACCAGCGUGGCGGGAGUGUGUCGUACAGAACAUAUCAAGUUAUUUUAGUGUCCACAGGUUGACAUUCUUUGCGGGGUGGUACCUCGAUACACUUGGAGGCUGGUGUAGGGUCUAGCAGCGUCGACUUGCUGGUCAAGAGUGGACGUGAGUGGUGUGGUGGAGCUGUGGCAUUUUGGAGUUGUGUCAAAGCGGCGGACGAGGCGAGGCACAAGUCAGUGUUCAGUCCAGCGGGGUGUUUCAGUGUCAGUGUGCGCUAUUGUGUUUCACCCAAUUUGAAAAUGUAAUGAUGUUGACCUUAUCAGCAUAACACUACACACUGUGACGGGUCUCGUGUUCAUAGGGGCCUCACGCCCGUUAUUUUUUCACGUUUCAAUACAAUUGCUGAAUGUACUGUAUACCUAAAGGGACCCUUUUCUGAUCCAUUUGUUGGCCCCACACAUGUAUAAUUAAAAUGUGUGUGUGUGUGUGUGUGUGUGUGUGUGUGUGUGUGUGUGUGUGUGUGUGUGUGUGUGUGUGUGUGUGACCGUGUUGUGUCGUGUGGUUGCAAGUUGUGUUGAUGACUUACCAUUAUUUCACGUGUUUGAUCAUUUUAUGUAUAAUUGUUAUAAACGUUUUCUAAUUAAAA